CUGAUUAAUCCCGUACCUGAGAUUCUCGGAGCUUGAGGCGACAUGGCCCAGGGGAAUAAUUACGGGCAGACCAGCAAUGGGGUGGCAGAUGAAUCACCCAACAUGCUGGUGUACAGAAAGAUGGAAGACGUCAUAGCACGCAUGCAAGAUGAGAAAAAUGGAAUACCCAUUCGGACGGUCAAAAGCUUUCUUUCUAAGAUACCGAGUGUCUUCUCUGGAUCAGAUAUUGUUCAAUGGUUAAUAAAGAACUUAACUAUAGAAGAUCCAGUGGAAGCGCUCCAUCUAGGAACAUUAAUGGCUGCCCAUGGCUAUUUCUUCCCAAUUUCAGACCAUGUCCUCACACUGAAGGAUGAUGGCACAUUUUACCGCUUUCAAACACCCUAUUUUUGGCCAUCAAAUUGCUGGGAGCCAGAAAAUACAGACUAUGCGGUAUACCUCUGUAAAAGAACAAUGCAAAACAAGGCAAGACUGGAGUUAGCAGACUAUGAGGCUGAGAGCUUGGCCAGGCUGCAGAGAGCGUUUGCUCGGAAGUGGGAGUUCAUUUUUAUGCAGGCAGAAGCCCAGGCAAAAGUGGACAAGAAAAGAGACAAAAUUGAAAGGAAAAUCCUUGAUAGCCAGGAGAGAGCAUUCUGGGAUGUACACAGACCUGUGCCUGGAUGUGUAAAUACUACUGAAGUGGACAUUAAGAAGUCAUCCAGAAUGAGAAAUCCACACAAAACCCGGAAGUCUGUCUACGGUUUACAAAAUGACAUUAGGAACCAUAGCCCUACUCACACCCCUACACCAGAAAGUAAACCUCCAACAGAAGAUGAGUUACACCAACAGAUAAAAUACUGGCAAAUACAGUUAGAUAGACAUCGGUUAAAAAUGUCAAAAGUGGCUGAUAGUCUACUAGGUUAUACGGAACAGUAUUUAGAAUACGACCCAUUUCUUGUGCCACCUGACCCUUCUAACCCAUGGCUGUCCGAUGAUACGACUUUCUGGGAACUUGAAGCAAGCAAAGAACCAAGCCAACAGAGGGUAAAGCGAUGGGGUUUUAGCAUGGAUGAAGCUUUGAAAGAUCCAGUUGGGAAAGAGCAGUUCUUUAAAUUUCUAGAGUCAGAAUUCAGCUCAGAAAACCUCAGAUUCUGGCUGGCAGUGGAAGACCUGAAGAAAAGACCAAUGAGAGAAGUUCCUUCUCGUGUUCAGGAGAUAUGGCAAGAGUUCCUGGCUCCAGGUGCCCCCAGUGCCAUUAACCUGGAUUCUAAGAGUUAUGACAAAACCACACAAAAUGUGAAGGAACCUGGUCGUUACACUUUCGAAGACGCUCAGGAGCACAUUUACAAACUGAUGAAAAGUGACUCAUACCCACGUUUUAUAAGAUCCAGUGCCUAUCAGGAGCUUUUACAGGCAAAGAAAAAGGGCAGAAACAUCCCUAUUUUCCCAUGCCAUAAAAACUGUACACCAACACUGAGGGCCAGCACUAACCUGUUAUGAAAAGAGGGGAAAUCUCUGACAUCAAAGAGGUUAACAAGCCUUGUUCAGUCUUACUGAAAGGAUAAUCCACUAGUGUGGAAGCAAACUGGACUUGUCUCACAUGUUUUGUAGCUCACUGUUACCAGAAGCAGAGGACAUUAGACCAAGGUGUUGCAUGAGCAGAGGACCAGACUUGUUCUUUUUUGUGUGUGUGCACUUUAAGGCAUUGUCAUCUCCAAGGGACACUUGAACAUCUCAAUGCCUCCAUUCAAAAAUGUCUGCUUACUUCUUUCUUGUACUAAGCUGGAUCUGUGUCUCUUUCUUUUUAACAAAUUCAAGUGAAGUAAAAACUUUUUUUUUGCUUCUCUUUUUCUCAAAGCUUCUGCUAGAUGCACAGUUUACUAAAAAUUCAGUCAGUCACAAACUGGAUGAAUUCUUUUUAAAAAAGCAUAUUCAUAAAUAUACAUAUGGCUUCACAUUAUUGAUCAAUGAAUUAGCCCUGAAGUUCCAUUUCACUAGUGUAUUGAGUCAGAAACAAGAUCAAGUCUUUUUUCUGUUGUUCUGUACAUUCUCAGUUAAUGUUUCUUGCAUUUAUUUUUAUACCAUAUUUAAAUAAGAAACACCUUUUACUCCAAAUGUAUUAAAGUUGAAUCCUUCUCUGUAAUUUUGUGUAUGUUUGUAUUGUUGUUUUAUCUUUCAUUAAAAGAUUCAAAAUCUCA